AUGUAUAGAAGUUAGAGGUUGAGAAUGAAAUCAUAAAAUCAUUAAUCCAUUUCUCCUCCCAUCAUCAAAAGAAGGUUAAGAAAUAAGAAUGAGUACAGCGAAAUCAUAGAGCCCACCGAUAAAAAGAAAUAGCAUCUCUUAUAAGAUAUUGCAGCGACCAAAUAAAAGAGCUUAACCAAUUUCGCCUUGACAGUUACACCAAAAUAUGCUUAAGAGAGAGAUUAUGAUGAUGAUGAAGAUAUUCUAUUUCAUUCUAAAGGUAAAAAAAGACCUUGGUCAGAGUAAGAGGAUAAUUUGCUUAUCAAAUUAGUAUAAAUGCAUGGUCCACAGAAAUGGACAUUCAUUGCUGAGCAUUUACCAGGAAGAAUUGGCAAAUAAUGCAGAGAGCGUUGGCAUAAUCAUUUGAAUCCAUAAAUCAAAAAAUCCCAUUGGGGUGAUUAUGAGGAAUGGAUUCUCUUCUUAUCUCAUAGAGUGAUGGGUAAUAGAUGGGCUGAAAUGGCUAAAUAAUUAAUUGGGCGAACAGAUAAUUCCAUUAAAAAUCAUUGGAAUUCAGCUAUGAAAAAACGUAUCCCUGAAGAUGGAGGAGAGAUUGAAGGAUAUUCGCAAAAGAGGAGGUAAAUUGAUAUAAAUAAUUUUGAGGCAUGUCCAAUUCUGAAUUAAUGA